CCCCACGAACUAAUUUUUACCUCUAUCUUUUUCUCAGGACUUACUCGAAUUAAAUCCUUCAAGCUCAAGACUAUUUCAUCUUUUCAGCAUUUCGUUGAUUUUCUGUGUCCUGCUCAACAAAUGAAUUGUGUUCUCGACCGUUUUCUCACAGUUUCUUCUUUACAGGCGAAGGAUUUCUUCUCGUUUUCGCUGUUCAAUGAAUCGAAAUCUUUUGAAAAUGUCGCCAAUUAUCGCGAGCAAAUAAGACGGGUAAAGGAUAGUGACGAUGUUCCAAUGGUGCUAGUUGGAAAUAAAUGCGAUCUUGCUCAACGUGCUGUUGACGGUCGGACUGUAUCCGACGCAGCUAGGGCUUAUGGAAUACCUAUGGUUGACACAUCUGCCAAAACGAGAAUGGGCGUCGACGACGCUUUUUACACUCUAGUACGCGAAAUUAGA